CUGGCACAGUGGCAGGGCGCCGAUCACGUGUAGCGUGUCAGACACGCGUCGCGUCUUGCCACAAGAAUCAAUUUAUCACUGGCAAAGCCGCAAUCUUGCACUUAGCCUACCUCAGAGCUGUACUCUUCUUGCCUUCACUCUGCUACGUUUUUGAGCAGAUCGCAUCCAACGACUUCAUUCUCUGGGCUCGAUGGCCAGGACGGAUGGGCGGAAGCCAACCGAUUUGAGGGAGCUCAGCAUAGUAUAUGAGCGGCUAGACAGGGUGGACGGGGCAGCAAAAUUCGGCUUCGGCGAGACAAAAUCGCUCGCCUCAGUAUCAGGACCGAUUGAGGUUCGCGCCAACCUCGAGCUGCCCUCGCAGGCGACACUGGACAUCCACAUCCGCCCGCUGGCCUCGAUCUCUGGGACGGACUCCAAAGCACUGUCCACAACACUGAAAGGGAUACUCUCCCCUGCACUCCUACUCUCGCAUCACCCUCGGACGCUCGUGCAGAUUGUCGGCCAGGCGCUUUGCGGAACCGGUAGUGGCAGCGGGAUGGGGAGCGUCGGGCGCGGCUGGAACGCGAGUCUUGUCGCGAGCGUGGUGAACGCGAGUAGCGCCGCGCUGGUCAACGCAAGCUCUGUCCCAAUGCGUGGUGUUGUCUGCGCGGUCGCUGUAGGACGCAUACCAUCGGAGUCUGGAUUGGAGCUAGUACUUGACCCCUCCGAAGCAGAGAUCUCUCGCCUCUCGGGCGGAGGCUGUUUCGCGUUCCUGUUCUCUGCCGUUCUGCCUUCAGGCACGCGGGAUGCACCAUCAGGUUCCUUGCUCUGGACGAACUACACCACCAACACGCCGUUCGACGAAGCCGAGCUCAAGCGCGCUCGCGAGCUUGCGGAGGGCGGGGCGCGAGAGGUGUGGAAGACACUGAAGGAGAGCGUAGGCACGAUGGACGCUUCACAUGCCACCACCGUGCGGAAGACAAAGGCAGAACCGGAGGUGAUGGAGGAAAACGCUUCCUAUGCCGAAGAUAGCGACGAUGCCAAGAUGGAAAUAUGAAGGAGUGCCUCGCACUGCAGUCGUCCGUUCUGCGGGGCCCGCCUGACCUUCCUAUGUGAGAGACAGACUAUGGGCUCGAAGUGCGAUGACGAAGCUACCUCAUGGCUGUGUCCAAGGACUCGCAAAGCCCGUCCCUUCGCCACACCUUCGCAGCUCACGGUGACCGACACAUGUUCGGGCGCUAUUACGCAGGCCGCCAUCCUCACCAGGGCCGCUGUCAUAUCUGUAACAUGCAAUAUUGCUCUCUAUGCGCUCCGGUAUCCGUGGCUUCGCUAGAGGAGACGCCAUCUGUAGCGCCAUGGUCCCUAUAACCUUCAAGUAAUCACACAGAUGCCGAUGUAUUGCGUUCACCGCCAGAACGAGAACACCGGUACCCAAUAUGCGGAGGUUCGACGAAUGCAUAUUCCCGAGACGUAGAACAUCACG